AUGGACCAGGUAAUCCUUUCCGAUAACCACACUGCUAUCAUCCAGCCUGGAGCGCGGCUGGGACACGUCUCUGUGGAAUUGUUCAACCAAGGCCGGAGAGCAAUUCCCCACGGAACCUGCCCUGGCAGAGUUGGUAUCUCCGGACAUGUCUUGCACGGCGGAUACGGCAGGGCUUCACGCACUCACGGCCUUACUCUAGACUGGUUAAAGAGUGCCAAGGUGAUUCUAUCUGACGGCUCCGUAGCACAUUGCUCUGCGACAGACAAUACAGAUCUCUUCUGGGCAAUACGAGGUGCUGGGUCGUCCUUUGGCAUCGUCACCGAAUUCGAGUUCGGCACAUUCAGGCCGCCAGAGAAUGUCACUGUUUUCGCCAUCGACAUGCCCUGGAGCGAAUCAGGCGUGGCUGAAUCCUUGAAGGCAGUGCAGAGUCUUUCAUUGACGGCUCGGGAGGAGCUUAACCUUGCCUUUGAUGUGACCGCAUCGAGUCAGUCCAUUCGCGGGUUGUACUUCGGCGAUGAGCAUGGACUCGUUCAAGCACUGCAACCCCUCUUGAUCAAUCUCAAAACACAAUUGUCUGAUAUUAAAUCUGUCGAUUGGCUGGAGGGACUAGAGUAUUUUGCAGAAGGUGAACCAUUGGUCCAUCCGCAACCAUACAAUGUGCAUACAACAACUUAUACGAGCAGCCUCACAACUCCCCCACUGACUGACGAGCAGAUUAAUGCUUUAGUAUCGACCCUCUUUACCAACAUUAAUGACACUAAUGCACGUCAUUCAUGGGAUGUACUUUUUGAGUUGCACGGUGGCCCAAAGUCAGCGGUUUCUCAGACUGACUUAGCCGCUACAUCUUAUGCCCAGCGUGACAAGGUCCUCCUCUGGCAGCUCAAUGCUUUUGGAGAGAAUGGAAAAUUACCCCGUGAGAGUUUCGUAUUCCUCAGGCAAAUCACGGAUAGUGUUACACAGUCCAUGGCAGACGGAGAUUGGGGCAUGUAUGCCAAUUCUAUCGACACCCAACUGGACGGCAAUACAGCACAGAAGCUAUAUUGGGGAGAUAACCUACCUCGACUACGGAAAAUCAAAGCGCGACUUGACCCUAGUAACGUGUUUUGGAAUCCACAGGGUAUAUCCCCAUCGGCCUAA